AUGCCAGCAGCUUCCCACCCUCAGGCGAAGUUUGAUCCCAUUUCGCCGGAUCUUGACUUGCACUCUCUGUUAGAUGAGGUUCCUAAUUUCAAAUGGGCACAGCGUGUCUCGAUAAGCCAGCUUCGCAGUCUUGGGCCCGAGGAAUUUGAAAGGCUCGUUCUUAUGCACGUCAUCACAGGAGGAAAACCUCUUGUCAUUGAAGGGUUUGAUGCCGUUUUGCCGAAAUGGCUCUUCAGCUCUGAAUGGCUCGAGAAUAGAUAUGACAAGAAGGAUUGUCCACCUGAAUGGCACGAGGCUCUCCAGACAGUCAUCAGUCCUGUCCUAUUCUAUCUCAACAGUACCCUCACCCGCACUGGUGCCAAAUCAGCAGCUGAAGACGAGGCGCAGGAUCCUAAAAGCAACGCCGCCUCAGCCGGAGAUCUCAUGUCCAGUUUACCUCUGGAGAUGCGUGCGGAGAACCUCAUGUGUUACGUCGGCCACGAAGGCACGUAUACGCCCGCGCAUCGUGAAAUGUGUGCCUCCCUGGGGCAGAACAUCAUGGUUGAGGCAUCAGAUGAUGCAAAUGGUGAGAAAUCUGGAAGCUCAAUAUGGUUUAUGACAGAAAGCAAAGACAGAGCGGUCGUUCGAGAGUACUUCCUAUCGAUGCUUGGCCAUGACAUUGAGAUCGAGAAACACUUUGCUCAAGUCAAUGCUUGGAAGAAGGCUCCAUUCGACGUCUAUGUUGUGGAACAGCGCGUUGGCGACUUCAUCCUGGUCCCGCCCCUCGCCGCUCACCAAGUGUGGAACAGAGGUACAAGAACAAUGAAGGUCGCAUGGAACCGAACGACCGCGGAAACACUUGAGCUGGCUUUGCAAGAGGCCCUCCCUAAAGCACGGCUGGUCUGCCGAGACGAGCAAUACAAAAACAAAGCGAUUAUUUAUUACACACUUCAAAGCUACUACGAGCGCCUGCGAUCGCUUGAGGACCAUGCCGAAAAGACCCAGCUUGGAUUCAUAGACUUGGGUCGAGACGACAUACGAAACUCGUUUCGAGCCAAGCAGCUGGCUUCAGAUUUCAAGAAACUUUUUAUUCUUUUUACCCAGAUACUCGUUGAUGAGGUGUUCGCAUUCAAGGAGAGGGAUAUUGAAUUCGUUCCUUUCGAUUCCUGCAUCACUUGCUCGUACUGUCGCGCGAACAUCUUCAAUCGUUUCCUAACUUGCAGGAAGUGUGUCCGGACCCUCGUCAAUGGCGAUGAAGAUACGUAUGAUGUCUGUAUGGAAUGCUAUGCUAUGGGGCGCUCUUGCGUUUGUCUCUCUGGUCUGCAAUGGUGUGAGCAGUGGUCCUGGAGCGAGCUUGUCAACAACCACGAAGAUUGGCGCUCAAUGGUCAUUUCUAAUGAUGGGUUCAUCGAUGCCAAGGUUUCCCCGCAGCCCCUAGAAGUUGCAAAGCAAUUGAGCGGCAAGAAAUCAGUCGCCCAAAUUUGCCAGGAGGCACUGCGACUACGACCCUGGAAGGAUAUCACCCAACCUGCAAAAGAACCAACACCAAGCGAGUCUGAGGAAGGCGAAGAAGCAGACAACUUGAAAGCCAAGAAAAGCCGCAAAAAGAAAAACAAGAAGGGCGAUGUGCGGCGAUGUCACGUUUGUUGCCACAAAGAGUAUAAAUAUCGCAUGCAGAUAUGCUCAAAUCCCGACUGCUCAGAAGGAUACUGUUUUGGUGUUCUUUAUAGAGCAUUCGAUAUGAUGCCGCAGGAUGUCCUCCAGGAUGAGCAUUGGAAGUGUCCAAAGUGCCUAGGAAUAUGCAAUUGCGGCUACUGUCGCCGUUCGGGGAAUACUAAGCCAUAUACACCGAAAAAUACAUCUCUGGGCCAUGAUACAAGGGCUGUGGCAGAUGAUCGAAGUGUUGAGGCUCUUGUUGAUUUUCGACUGCACAACUUGGCCUGGCUGAAGGCCGCCGGCGAAGAGAGUCGCGGACAGGACACCAAGCGCAUGCAAAGGUUGCGAGAACAAGCAGACACAGCCAAGGCGGAGGGCUUGUCUGAUGAGCAUCUUCAAUGUAAUGAUACAGGAGCAGCUGCAGAAGACGCGAAUCAUGUACCGUCACAUCACGACGGACCUCUGCCACUGCUAGAUGGUACCACAACUCGUCAGCAAGAAACCGAGACAACACGCCCCUCUUUUGCGCAGCCUGACAUCAAUCGAAAUGGGGCAGCGACGGCAUACUUAUCGGCCCCCUGGCUUAACAAAGAACAGACUGCAAAUGGGCAGAACGGAGAUGAUUUGUCUUAUCCCGAUCCCCCUGUUUUCGCAGCUCAGAGGAUCGGUAUGGGCUACUACGAGCAAGAUGAUACCCCUGAUAAGAUUCUCUUUGACCCAUAUCAGGCCCCGACUGCUGAAGAUUUGAGAGAAGACGAAUCAGACAUGCCAGAAUUCAUCAAGAAAUCAAUCCGCAGCGCAAAAAGGAAGGCGAGGAAAGAAAAUGAAGAUCCCGACUUCAUAGUGAGGAGCCGUCAUCGGAAGAGGGCGAGAUCCCAACGAGAUUUUCUCGACAACAUGGACCCUGCCUUGUUCAACGAAGCCCCUUUUAUUGCUGCGGAAGAAACAUUGCAGCAAGGCGGAGGCGAAAUGGCCGGCCACAGCACUCCCGUGACAAUUGGCGAUGGAGAAGGCAAAAGAAAAGAGAACCCGAGUUAUGACGCAAACGAACCCCUGCUAAGGCACGCGAAGCCUUUGGCAUCUUACGUCGAAGUUGAAGAUCUAGAUAUUGAAGGACUGAACGAAAAUGAGCAAGCCACUUCGCCACCAGCAAGUGAAUUGGACAAGCUAUCGCCCAAGUUAGCGUUAGUAAUGGGUGACGCUUCUGAACCAGCAAUUGAUGAUGAGGUUUUGGAAUCAAAUCAGGGUUUGGAGUCAAAUCAGGUUUUGGAGUCAAAUCAGCCAAAAGCUCCUGUGUUACCUUCCAGAAGCGCUCCUGCAGGACCAAAACGACGCGGCCGGCCCCCGGCGCACACCAAGCGGCCCGCUACAGCAAGCCAUGAAGUCCAGUCGUCGGAUGAGGAUGCUACAGAAGAGACUGGGUCCAACAACAACAACAACAACAACAACAACAACAACAACACACGCCGACGUGGUCCCGGUCGUCCCAAGAAAUCCGACCAAGGCUCUGGGAGCGCUUCAAAGCAAGUGCGAGCUGAAGAUGAUAGUUACAAGCUCAGUCCCAAUGAACAGGCCCGGAGAGGUGGCAAGCCACGCAGAGGUCGACCUCCUGGCUCCGGAAACUCCAGGCCACACUCUGCCAAGCAGGCGGCUGCUGCAGGCCAGCAAUUUAUGUCUCUAAAGGAGCGUAUGGCACUUCGCGGAAAGACUUUCAAAAUUGCAAAGCGAGCUCCGGAUAGUUCAUCACCGCACAGCACACCGCAACCUGAGGUCGCACAGAAAUCGACGAGCAUGACUGUGCAGCUUCCUAGCUUUACUUCAGUCAAUAAGCCUGCGUCGGGUCCGCAGGCUUUUGAGCGUUAUGAUGCAAACGCUAAGACGGCUUCCCAGCGCAAGAGCGGCCUAGAUAUCUCAGAAGCGGGGGGUUCUGGAAGCGACUCAGGUUCCAGUGAUGACGAUGAUAUUCCAGCAAGAAUUGAUCAAGGACAGAAUGUGCCGAGGCCGAUUUCUGUGGCGAUUAGAGGCCGUGGUAGACCAAGAGGGCGGCCGAGCAUGCGCUCCCGCGGACGAGGGCACGCUUGA